UUUUCUUCCCACUCCCCCCUGCCCUUCCGCCAAAGCGUCAGCCGCCGCCUUGCCAUACCUCGUCGUCACCGCCGGCGCCGCGACCUCAAUCCCGCGCCCUCCGCCACCUUCUUGGGGACGCGCGUCGACGCCGCCGCCGCCGCCGUUCCCCUUCUUCCCCGGCCUCCGGGACAUCCUGCUGCUGCCUCCACCUCGUCCCAGUCUUUGGCCACUGGGCCUCCUUCCUUCGUUCGAGUUGGACAUGGCAUCAUCUGCUACCAUCAGUUCAGUUGGCGCUCAGGCCGCUCUGGUUUCAAAGCCAAGGAAUCAUGGUAUCAGUGGCUUAAAGGCAUCCUCAUCAAUUAGCUUCGAAUUGGGAUCCUCAUUCCUGGGCAAGACCGGGUCUCUUCGGGCAUCUGUAACCACAAGGGUUGCGCCAAAGGCGAAGUCCGCGGCUCGGAUACUACCGGAGGCAUCUUACAAAGUGGCGGUACUUGGUGCUGCUGGGGGCAUCGGCCAACCAUUGGGCUUGUUGAUCAAGAUGUCCCCUCUGGUCUCAGAACUGCGCCUGUACGAUAUUGCGAAUGUCAAGGGAGUCGCCGCUGAUCUCAGCCACUGCAACACACCCUCUCAGGUUAUGGACUUCACUGGCCCUGCAGAAUUGGCCAGCUGCUUGAAAGGUGUGGAUGUUGUUGUCAUCCCCGCCGGGGUCCCAAGAAAGCCAGGGAUGACUCGUGACGACCUUUUCAACAUCAAUGCGGGCAUCGUCAAGUCACUUAUCGAGGCUGUUGCAGACAAUUGCCCUGGGGCCUUUAUCCAUAUUAUCAGCAACCCAGUCAACUCCACAGUGCCGAUUGCUGCUGAGAUUCUGAAAAAGAAGGGUGUCUACAAUCCCAAGAAGCUUUUUGGGGUUUCCACCCUAGAUGUUGUCCGGGCUAACACAUUUGUAGCUCAGAAGAAGGGCCUCAAGCUCAUUGAUGUUGAUGUCCCAGUUGUUGGUGGUCAUGCUGGAAUUACAAUCCUGCCUUUGUUGUCAAAGACGAGACCAUCUGUCACCUUCACGGACGAGGAAACUGAACAGCUGACGAAGAGGAUACAGAACGCUGGGACAGAGGUGGUGGAGGCGAAAGCGGGUGCUGGAUCUGCUACCCUGUCCAUGGCUUAUGCUGCUGCCAGAUUUGUCGAGUCUUCGCUCCGCGCACUGGCUGGUGAUCCAGAUGUUUACGAGUGCACGUAUGUUCAGUCUGAGUUAACUGAGCUGCCAUUCUUUGCGUCCAGAGUUAAGCUUGGGAAGAAUGGUGUUGAGUCCAUCAUUUCUUCUGACCUGGAGGGAAUAACCGAGUAUGAGGCCAGUGCACUUGAGGCAUUGAAGCCUGAGCUGAAGGCCAGCAUUGAGAAGGGCAUUGAGUUUGCGCACAAACAACAGGGAGCUGCUGCCUCUGUUUGAGUGAGGAGAAUGAUAAUUCCAUAUGAAGAGGACAAAGGCAAACUGAUUGUCCUUUUCUAGUUUUGCAGCCUAGAGUGUGGACAUGUAGCACUAUGCCCUGGAGCAGCUAUAUUUCUGAAUUGUUGGUCAGUUUAUUAUGAUUCCAGUUUACAUGAGGGCGUGAAGCCCCAAACGUGCACCCUGUUCUGGGUCCUUGUUUUGUUUGACACAUAAAUUUUGGUCCUGUUCCACCUGCUGUUCUUGUAGCUUCCUAAGUUGACGAACUGUGGAAUAAUAAUAAAGCCCAUCUUUGAUCGUUACCAAGGCACACCAUGUAGAUCCGCCCCUGCUCGUGGCAUCAUAUUGUAUGGUGUCAUAGGUUACUAAUUGCUGUUGUAAGAUGAGCCAGUGGGAUGAAUAAUACUUUCCGCAAGAUUUUUGUGCAA